AUGUGUGCUUCGCCAUGUUUAAAAACCCUACGUAAUAAUAUCGAAUCAUCGAACAAUAUACAACAAUAUCAUAACCAUAGAAUUAUAUCCAAUAAUGUUGACAUUUCGUUAUCGUGGUUAGAUAAAAACACAUGUUUAGAGGACGAUGAUGAUGUAUGUGAAACAAAACGAAUUCUACAAGAUAUCAAAGCUGCCGCUUCUUUUCAUACUAAUUCGGAUGAUUUAAUAAAAUCAAUUGACACAAAUCCAGAGAAAAUUGUUUUUCUUGUUAUUUCCGGUAUAGAAGCAGCAAAUACUACUACUUUUCAAACAAUUCAUGCGCUAAAACAGAUUGAUUCAAUAUUUGUAUAUUGUUUGGAAAAGCAAAUCUAUGAACCACUUCGUAUGUGUCAAUCAUAUUCUAAAAUUGUCGAUAUCUUUAACACACAAGAUGAGCUCUGUUCCAGUAUCAAGAAAACAUUAGAUGAUCUGAACAAACAAUUUGCUGCGUUUACAUUAUUCAAUCAAAAACAAAAGUCGAUGCGCAAUUUAACCAAAGAUUCAAUUUGUUUUUUAUGGUAUCAAUUAUUAAAGGAUAUUUUAUGGAAAAUGCCUAGAACAGAUGACUGGAAGAUAAGAAUGGUAGAAAAAUGUCGUGAUUACUAUCGUGGAUCUGCACAUGACUUAAAACACAUUGGGGAGUUUGAAACACAAUAUCAAUCUUCCGAUGCUGCUAAAUGGUAUAGUAAGGAUACAUUUCUUUAUAAACUAAUUAAUCAAGCAUUAAGAACUGAAGAUAUCGAUGGAUUAUAUACAUUACGAUAUUACAUCGAAGACUUGUGUGCAAGUUUAAAGAAUAAAUAUGAGCAAUUCAAGCAACUUCAGAUUGAAUUAGAAAUGCCAGAUUUAACGCUGUAUCGUGGACUACGAUUAGAUCGCGAUCAGUUAUUGAAGUUAAAAAUGAACGAGGGAAAUUUGAUAUCGACAAACGGCUUUCUUUCGGCAAGCAGAUCCAUGGAUGUAGCGAAAUUCUACGCUGGUUGGGAUGUGUCUAUCCAGACAACAACAGAUACAACCGAACCAGUUCUCUUCAUUAUCAAUAUGGAUGUUAAUGAAAACAAAGUAAUUGUUGCUGAUAUUACAGCUGAAAGUUUGAUGCCGGAUGAAUUAGAAGUUUUGUUCGAUUUAGGUAGUAUAUUUCAGAUUAAUACUAUUAUAGAGGAUGAUACUCAAAAGCCGUCGAAAUGGACGAUUAAUAUGACAGCAUCAAACGAUGGAGACAAAAUAUUGAACGAUUAUAUACUUUUCAAGCGUGAAGAACUGGAAGAAUUUGAUGUUAAUAUUUUGUUCGGCGAGUUUCUAUAUGAUAUGGGUGAAUAUCACAAGGCAGAGAGAUAUUUCGAGAAUCUUCUUUCUAUAGAAGAUACAGUUCAACUUCGUUAUAGUCUUGGCACAAUUUAUACUCUGAAAGGUGAAUAUAGUAAAGCGCUAAAUUAUUUUCAGAGUGCAUAUGAUCGCAAUCGGGAAAUAUUAGUGUCAAUGGUAUCUGAGUCUGAUGAUAUAUUCGAUAUUGAAGGGACUCAUAAUAUGACAACGCAAAUAGCUAGAACCUUAGUCGGUAUUGCCAAUGUUUAUUUUCAUACAGAUAAUUUCGACGAAGCACUUAGUAAUUAUACAGAUGCAUUGGAGAUAUAUAAAACAGCUCUACCGGAUCAGAAUAUUCCGCAUAUAGGAAUCUGUUUACAAAAUAUGGGUCUUAUAUAUGAAGAACGAGGUUUUCAUGAUGAUGCUAUGAAUUCUUUUCUGCGAGCAAAUGAAAUUUAUUCGACAACAUUACCUGACAAUCAUCCUGGAAAAGCUGGUUUGCUUCUAAAUAUUGGCAAUGUAUAUAAAUUACAAAACAAGAAUGACCUAGCUCUUAAAUCUUACACUGAUGCAUUAAAUAUGCUAAAGAAAAUUUAUCCUAUCAAACACCUUUCGAUAACUGAAUGUAUAAAUAACAUUGGCCUUGUUUAUAUGUCGAGUAAUCAAUAUGAUGAUGCAUUGAAAUUCUUUUUGGAAUGUUUGGAGAACUUGGAUGAGUCAGUAUUAUCUAUUACACAACAAACAGUAUACGCAGAUAUUUAUGCUAAUACUGCAGCAAUUUAUGAGAAGAAAGGAAGUAUCUGCGAUGCUAUUCGUUACUAUGAGCAAUCAUUAUUAAUUCACGAAACAGUAAUAAAAAAAGAUGGGCUCACCGUUGAGUAUUUGAAUUCUGACAUUUUAGACGAAAGAGAAAAAGAAAAACAUUCAUUAGCUGACCUAUUCGCAUAUCUAGAAAAUCUCAAAGAAGGCUAUCCAAAUGGACAUCCACAAAUUGCUCGUUGUUUGCGUGCAAUUGCCAAAACACUUUCCAAUGAUAAGAAAUAUCAAGAUGCUUUACAGUAUUACAAUCAAUUAUUGGAAAUAUAUAAUAAAAGUCAUCCAAUUGAAUAUUUAAAUCUUUCAGAAUGUUUAAAAGAUGUUUCUUUGAUUCAUCUAGCGGAAAACAACUAUAUACCAGCUUUAGAUUAUGCAAUCAAUAGUUACAAUAUUCUCCAAAAAGUAUUUUCAUCGAAACACCCUGAAAUUAAGAUUACAUGGUUAUUUGGGCCAAAAAAAUGGUCAUUUGUACCAAGAAAAUGGUCACUUGUGCCUAAAAAAUGGUCAUUUAUACCACAAACAAAAUUAAAUUUUUCUUCAGAGAAAGCGACGUCAUCAACCAAUUUUAAUAGUGAUCAUAUUCGAAAAAAAAUCUUUUAUCUUUACUACCACGAAGACAAAUAUCAAGAAGCUUUAAAUGUAGUUAUUUCAGUGCCGGUCCAAUUUGAAGACGAGGAGUUAGAAACUAUAUUAGGUCAGAUUUAUCUUAAACUUGGACAAUUUGAUCAAUCUAUAAUACAUUCGAGAAAUGCCCUUCGUUUAUCAUCUAGUGAUUCUAAUACUGCGAGAUGUUACACUCAACUUGGUCAUGCUUAUAUAUCACAACACGAUGACACGAAUGCGAUAGUUUAUUACGAAAAAUCUUUGGAAAUUUUGCGGCGUGAUAUUUCGGACGAAGAUAUUUUAGCUGAUGUUUUAGUCAAUAUGGGUACAAUUUACAUGAAUCAAAACCAUUAUGACGACAGUCUACUGCACUAUUUAGAAGCAUUAAAUAUUAAGAAGAAAACGGAUCCGGAAAACAAAACUUUGAUUGGUACUAUUAACAGUUGUGUCGGAAAGUUAUUUUUGAAACAGAAUAAUUAUGAUGAAGCACUUGAAUAUUAUCUGCAAUCCUUAGAAAUACUAAAAAACUCUGAAAGUAAUAUUGAAAUUGCUAAAAUACACGAAGCAAUUGGAGUCAUUUAUCAUCAAAAUCAAAACUUGGAAAUAUCACUGAAGCACCUUUUAAUUGGACUAGAACUAUACGAAAAAUUUAAGCUAACAGAAAAUGAUUCUCAACUGGAAAACAUCUUAGGUAUUGUUGCCAAAGUUUAUUAUGAUAAACAAGAUUUUCGGAUGGCUUUAAUCUAUUACAAAAGAAGUUUAGCAAUUGCAGAUGAAAACGACAGUUCCAGUUUAGUAUCUUUGCUUUAUAAUAUUUGCCAAACUCAUUUUCAAAUGAAUAAUGUUGAAUAUGGCGUAAGAUAUUUACAGCAAUGCAUUGAAAUACAAGAAACGCUUGUUGAUGAUGAGAACGACGAAGAUCUGAUAACAUAUAAACAGAUUUUAUCGUUUACACAGUUGCUGUUAGAUGCUAAAAAGCGAAAACGUAAACUAAAGUAUAAAAGAAUGUUUCAUAAAAGACAUUAUCAACGUCGCAAGAAGAAAUAUGUUUUAAAGGUUCCAGUUGAAUACUCAAGUUUAAUAGAGCAGUUUUGCGAGCAAUCUGAAUCUUCAACAAACCAGCAAAAUUAG